GUCUUUUUCCCUCCCCAUCAACCCUCGUCAGCAAAACGCUUCGAUCCGUCAACUCUGCCCGGGUUUGUUCGGCGUUGCGUCUCCGGUCGCUUCGAAUCGCUUCACUUCGCAUCGAAUUGUGUUUCUCCCGCGACGUUCGUUACGGCCACCCAUUGCCGGUCUCGUUUCAGCCUCCAUUCGCUGUUGCAUGCAUCCUGACGCUUUCGUCCUGUUUCCGUCCAAACGCCAAAAGCGACAUACGAGCAACGGCCUCCUCGCCAACGAUCCGAUUUUGUUUACCCUCGUUUUGACCGUGUUUCAUAAAGAGCAGCGCUCAAACUCGACGGCUCGCAUUGCGCCUCAGUACACUUCGUUUGUCCACAAGGAUACAGCAUUACGCCUCAGUAAACAUGCGGGCCUCCAACUUCUUGUCGACUCUGGCUGUUGCCGUCCUGGCCUCUCCGGUCCUGGCCCAGAACAACAACAACAACAACAAGCAAAGUUCUUCCUCGUCCAGCGGCGGCAAUGAUUCAGGCCCGACUGGCCUCCCGACGCUGACAAAACCCGGAGGAAACGUCCCGACAUAUCCUCCCCCAACCGUGCCGCCGACCAAGAAUGCGCCCUUCAUGCAGCACUCGAGUGCGCCGGAUGGAACCGUCUUCAUCGCCGUUGGCGCCAUCCUCGGCGCUUUCCUCAUCGGCGUCUUGCUUUGGCGCAUCAUCGUCAGCUUCCUCCUGCACCGCUCUGUUCGCCGUGCCGCCUUGGCCCAGCACGAGGCUAACAACAAGACCGGCUUCCCGGCACCUCCCGCGCCUUUCUACAAGUAUUCCGACCAUGCCUCGCCUGCUCCUCCUCCCGCCGGCAGUGGCCGCGGCGUUCGUCGUACCAACCGAAACACCAUGACGCCGUCUGCCGCCCCCAGCCAGUCCAACCUGUUCUUCUCGCCUACCGCUGCCGGAUCCAACGUUCCGGGCGGUCGCGGCUCGACCUUUUUGCCUUCUGGGUUCUACGCUGCUGGAAACUCAUCACCCGGUGGACAGCAAGGUCCUUCCAUCAGCUUGACGAAUCUGCGACCCGACUCGAUGAGCCACCCCAACGGCUCGAGGAACUCGCUCAUGGGCCCGUCGCCCCCGGACUCUCCUCACUUCACGCCCCGAAGAGACAUGAGCAGCAGCUCUGUGAACCUGAACACUCGCCAGCCAGGCCAGCGAGCCCCGAGCGCCUACCUCGAAGACUUGCUUGCCGACGAGCCUGGAAGCCUUCCUCCGCCACAGAUGCCUCCGAACUCUGGUCCAAGAGGCAGCGGCAGUCCUCGACACCGAUAUUAAUCGCCCUUGUCUGGAGUUUUUAUUUUUCUUAUUUCGGCGCAUUUCUAACUAAUACUUUUGCUACCAACAGUAUACGCAAAGUGUUUGGGUCUUUGAUAUCAAGUAUGAAAAAGACUGGGGAUUCAUGGCGUCAAUGAUGAACAAGUGUAUGAUGUUUUUAUUUAUUUACUUUAUCUGACUCUUUUUCGGUUGGGCCUUUGGGGAAGAAGACUUGUGUAAAGCAGGCUGGGAGGGGGCUUGAAUUUUUAUUUUUCUUCCGUCAGCAGCUUAGAUGGGAGGACUGUGCGGCUUUGUGAACAACUUUGUAGCAUCGUUUAUUUUUUUUUGGAGCGCCAUCUUUUUAUUCGAGUAUAUAGCUUGUUUUUGUCUUAACGUCAACUGCAAUACUUUAAUACAUGC